GCACUGCCGCCUGCGGGCGCCUCGUGGGGCGUGCCUCUGCUCGCACUUGCCGGCGGCACCGUGCUCGACCGCGGUGCCGACGUCAUCCGGCCGGGAGACGUCGUCGGUCUGUGGGGCGCCGACUUCAAGGGCAAGCGCGGCAUCGUGCAGUACCACACCAGCUUCGGCUCGCCCAACGAGCCGAGCAUCGCCGUGUGCGUCGAGCACGAGGAGCGCAAGAACAAGCUCAAGGUCGUGCUGCUGCCCGACGCGGCAGCGUCGAAGCGCAAGACUACGGCGCCAGAGGAGGUCAGCCUGCGUCUCGACGACCUCAAGAGCGGCGUGGUGAAGGUGUACCGCGUCGCAAGCCGCAGCUGGGUCGCGUAG